CACCGGUCUGACGCCGCUGAUGGUCGCUGCCCAGGGAGGCCACACCGGUGUGGUUGAGCUUUUACUGCAGAACGGCGCGGAUCUCAGUCAAACGUCAUGGCCAGUACACGACCGCACUGGAACUGGCAGCGGGAGAAGGGUACGCUGGUGUGGCAGAUGUGUUACUCCGGCAUGGGCAAGAUCCUAAUCACCCAUCCUCGUAUCCCGCACUCACCACAGCGGCAGAGAAGGGUCACAUCCAUGUAGUCCGGAUGCUGCUGGACCAUGGCGCCGACAUUCAGAUUAAGUCCUCCGCAGGCAUGACAGCGCUCCUGCACGCGACUGAAGGGGAUUAUUCAGAAGUGGUGCGCCUGCUUGUGCAACAUGGUGAAGAUUCCGAAUCCCGCGAUUUCGAUGGAGUAACUCCGUUGCUGCACACCGCACGGAUGGGGAGUGUGAAGGUCUGCGAACUGCUUCUCCAUCUCGGAGCGGAGGUCAGUGUGACAGACGAGAACAACCGCACGCCGCUCUGGUGGGCGAUUGACCGAGGAGAGAUGGAAAUGGUGGAAAUGCUGUUAAAACAUGGUGCACGAGGAGGACCAGAGGAUAAUGUAUUGGAGAUGGACCAGGCGUAGAUUACAAAGAAUUCCUGCAUAUAACUAGUUAUUACUAGUCUCUCAUUUAUAUGAUGGAUUAUCCUUAGAGUUAGGUUGAGUGGUU